CGUCAAACAAUCAUAACAAACGCACGUUUCCAUCAAACCUGCCGGUUAGGCACCAACAUACCGCUGCGCUUUGAGCAAAACGACAAGUUUUAGUAUUUCUUUCAGAACUCCAUAAGCUACACGAUGAAACGAGGAAGAUUUAAUCGAAAUAAUCAUCAUUCUCGACCGUUUAAACGUGGUGCGGCUAGUGGAAGGGACCGUCCUCCACGUAGCUUCACAGUCCGUACGUCCUGUAUCGCAGAGAAAGACAUCUACUGUACGGAGUAUGUUUCGAAGCAGGAAGGAUUCCAAGGUGUUUUAAAGUCGAGAUUUUCAGACUUUCAUGUGAAUGAAAUCGAUGCUGACGGUGAGGAAGCGAUUCUAACAGACACGUCCAUGGUGAAACCUCCCGUUUCGGUGGACCAGGAAGCGAAUGUGGACACUAUCGAUCCGAACGAGGAACUGGUUCGUUUGAUUAAGCCCGAAAACGUGAAACGCAUACAAGAAAUCGUCGACGGAAUCGGUGAACCAUCCGUUAGCAUCGAUGUGACGGAUCUAUCGAAAGAGGAUCGUACGGCAAUCCACACCCGAGUGAAAGCAGUGUUCGGUGCUGCCGUUGUGGGCUCGACAGUUACGGAGGAGGACCGGAAGCUGAUAAAAAUUACAAAAUAUUCCAAUGCGAUGGCACGCGAUCGGCGCGAAAAAUGGUUGUGGCCACACCCGUACACGUACUUCCUGCUGUACAAGGAAAAUCUCGACACCAUCCAGGCGACGAUGAUGCUGGGCCAGAAGCUAUACUGCGCACCCUCGCUACUGACGUACGCGGGGACGAAGGAUCGGCGUGCUAAAACCACCCAGUGGAUGUGUAUCAAAACGCGUGAACCGGCAAAGAUUAUUGCAGCUGCCCGAAGCAUUCCGAAUGCUCGCGUUGGUAACUUUACGUUUAAACCGACCACGCUCAAACUAGGGCAACUGCAGGGUAAUCGAUUCCGCAUCGCGCUCCGCCAGAUAACCGCUAGCGAUGAAAUCAUCAACGGCUGUAUGGAAGAGUUCCGCGAGAAAGGUUUCAUCAAUUACUACGGGCUGCAACGGUUCGGCAACUGUGCCUCCGUGCCCACGUACAAGAUUGGCAUCGAAAUGCUGAAAGGCAAUUGGAAGGAAGCGUGCGAUUUGAUUUUACAACCACGCGAAGAUGAACCACCGUUCAUGGUGGAAAUGCGCGCCAUUUGGGCAAAAACUCACGAUGCGAAGGAAGCGUUGAAAAUCCUUCGGCCAUCGAACAAAUCCGUCGAAGCAACCCUGCUCCACUGGUUGGCUAAUCGGGGCGCAAAGGAUUACUACGGCGCUAUUGGGCAUUUGCCACGGAACGUACGGUUGCUGUACCUGCACGCGUACCAAAGCCUCAUCUGGAACCGUGUUGCCUCGGAACGCAUCCGAAAGUAUGGCUUUGCACCGGUAGAAGGAGAUCUGGUUUAUGCGGACAAGAACGAUAGGGCGGCCAUUGCGAAAGCGGAAGCACUGUCUGGUGGUGGUGAGGAUGCAGAUUUAGAAACAAUUGGAGUGGUCGACGCAGAGCAAGAAGAGGAUGAAGCGGAACCAAAUGAGUCCAAAGUGGAAGAUGAUGGGACGGAAACAUCUUACUUUAAGAAUCUUGUAAGACCCCUAACAGCGGAUGAUAUCGCGUCGGAACGAUACACUAUGUUCGAUAUUGUACUUCCACUACCCGGUCAUGAUAUAACGUACCCGAGCAAUGAGUGUGCCCGCUGGUACGAAGAAGCAUUGGCCGAAGAGGAGCUAUCGUCGGAUAAAUUGCGACUAAAAAUGAAAAGCUUUUCCCUGGCCGGUGCCUACCGGAAACUGUUUGUCCGUCCAGAGCGGUUGGAGUGGAAAAUUGUGCGCUACCUGAAUGGGACCGAUUCACUUAUACUUUCCGAUGUGGAAAAAAUGAAAAACCUACCCGAACCACCGUUCGCCGAAUGGGCAGCGAACGAGUCCGCACAAAAAGCGGUUCUACUAGACUUCCGUCUUCCAACGUCCACAUACGCCACGAUGGCACUGCGGGAGAUCCUGAAAACUGACACCUCAUCCAGUAACCAACGAACGCUGGAAAAGAUGGGUCAAGAAAUUGCUAAAUCGGAGGCGUUGGAUGAAGAAAACGAUACUACGGUGCCGAAUGAAAACAACGAACCGGAAAGUAAAAUUGCGAAACAGGAUGUUGGUGAAUAGUUUCGUCAAGAAAGUGUUUUCUAUCUGUGUGGCACUACAAUUUCGAGCGAGGUCUACCAGUUUUGGGUUGCUUGACUUAGUUUUACCGGCGCUUGGGACUAGGGCAGUCUUUCCAUAUAAAACAAGGCUGAAAAGUUUAAUAACAAAACCGAUCCCAUGUUA